AUGCCUGGAGUAGACAACGAGAUCAAGGGGCGCCUGGCCCUGGUCACAGGCGCAUCAGGAGGCAUCGGCGGCGCCUGCGCCAAGGACCUCUUCGCCAGCGGUGCGAACCUGGCCCUGACAUACUCCAGCAACAAGGCGGCCAUCGACACGCUCAUCUCGGAGCUGCAGAAGCAGCCGCAGUGGGCCGGGGCCAAGGUGACGUCGCACCAGGCGGACAUGGCGAGCGCGGACGACAUCCAGCGGCUGUUCGCCGAGAUCAAGGCGCAGCACGGCCAGGACGGGCCGGACAUCCUCGUCUCCAACGCCGGGUACGGCAAGCGGAUCCCGGACAUCCUGGACAUCCCCAUCGACGAGUUCGACCACACGCUCGCCGUCAACCUGCGCGCGUCCUUCAUCCUGACGAAGCUGGCCGUGCCUCACAUGAAGGCGAAUCAAUGGGGCCGCAUCGUCUUCAUCGGCAGCUUGGCGGCGUUUGGUGGGGGGAUCAAUGGCUGCCAUUAUGCCGCGUCCAAAGCUGGCCUGCAGGGCAUGAUGCGCAACCUCAGCAGGAAGCUUGCUGGGCUUGGGAUCACGGUCAAUGACGUCGCGCCUGCAAUGAUCGGGGACACUGGUUUGAUUCCUGAUGAGAAGACUGUGCAGGGCACGCCUGGUGAUCCCAAGAAUAUCCCCGUGGGCCGGCUGGGCAGCCCGCAGGAGGUGGCUAAUAUGGUGACUAUGUGCUGUCGGACGGGAUACCUGACUGGCCAGAGUAUGUUGCUGAGUGGUGGUCUGAUCAACAACGGGAUUGUCAAUAUGGACACAGCGCCUCCAUCUACGAAAACUGCAUACGACAUUCCCAGUCACGAACUCGAUCGCUAUGUCUCAGUGUAUGAGCCUGCCCCUUACAAAGAACCAGACCCGGCACCACACAGACCAGUGGAGUUCCGGCCACAGGAGGAGCUCGACGAGAUAAAGGCGAUUGCAGACCAAUGGGAGAAGGACAACCCGGACGUCGAGGAACCAGAGCGAGAGCAGACGUACACGUUCUACGAAGAGAUUGGGGUACGGCCAGUCGUACCAAUCGGCCUCAGAAAUUGGGUAUUCACGACACCGCAGCAAUUUGGAACGAGCAUGGUGUACGCGUGCGCGCCGCCGUGCAUCAAGCUCAUACUCCCUCCCGGCCAUGCCAUCAUGCGCUACGACCCCACCGUACCACCCGACGAGCAGCGGCCCGGCAUCCCGCAGCUCUACCGCGACGUCAUGAAGGUCCGGCGCGAGGUGCUCGUCCGCGAGCGCGGCAGCGACCUGGAGGACAUCGCGUCUGAGCUCUGGGAGGACUCGGUCAGCCUCCACUGGGUGGUUUACAUCACGGACUACGUCGAUGGCGAGAGCACCUUGUUUGGGGACGGUGGGGGGCCGGGCAUGAAGAUCUUGAAAAGAAUUCCCAUCGCCACGGUUCAGGUACGGCCGGUGAUCGGGAUGAGACAGCCAGUCGACAAAACCAGCACACCUCCCUUCAUCGGGAUGCGUGCGCGCGCCAACUACCUCCUCAUGUCCGAGCCAAUGGUCCUCGCCCCCUACCGUGCCAGGAACUGGAUUGAGAACAAGCUUGUCGACGCCAUCAUCAGGGCACUCCGCGGCUACCUUCCCACCGAGUUCUUCCACGACAUCUUCGGGCGGGUGAUCCCUCUGUCGCGAGGGGUCCUGCAAAAGGCCCGGGCCCGGCACCCAGCCAGCGUGGCGGCGCUACGGGCCGAGUGGAAGGACAAGUUCGUCAAGGUGAUGCCCGACGCGCUGCGGUGGUCGGGGCUCCUGUACCUGCACGCGGACCGGCGGCGCAAGCUCUGGUGGCUCGGCGCCCCGGGCUUCAAGGUCGACAGGAAGGUCGAGCCGUGGGACACGGACGACCCGUGGAGCAACGGCAAGAUCGGCAUGUACCGGCCCUUCAGCGGCGUCAUGUCGCGCAGGAACCUCAGGCGCGACUUUGCCAGCCUCUCCGAGGCCCAGAGGAAGGCCUUCAACAUCACCGACGCCAUCGUCAGCGGAAAGGAGCGCCCGGUGUGGGUUGUCAGGAAGCCCCCGCCGCAGUACUUGCGCGGCCGGCAUACUCCGAGUUCUUCGGAGUAUUCGACCUCUUCGGACUCUCGGGAAUGGGCGGUGCCGGAGCACUCCGCGGACUGCACAUGGGCUCCUGUCCCAGAUACAGUCUGA